AUGCCACAAGGACAAUCGAGUGCUGAUGACACAGUGGGGCAGAAGAGAAAGACCACUGAGAACCUCGACCAAUCCACGGCUAAGAAGCCAAAGAGCAGCGAUGCUCUGACGCACAAUGACUACACUGUGGGCUGGAUUUGCGCGCUACCUAAAGAGCUUACUGCAUCUAUCGCGAUGUUGGAUGAGAAACACCCGGGCCUACCAAAACCUCGGACAGACAGCAAUGCAUACACUCUUGGCUCUAUUGCAGGCCAUAACAUUGUUAUGGCUUGUCUGCCUAAAGGUAUUACAGGGAAUGUUUCAGCAGCAACAGUUGCCCGGAAUAUGGCAAACAAUUUCCCUUCUAUCAAGAUUGGCCUGAUGGUUGGUAUUGGGGGCGGCGUUCCAUCCAACAAAGUUCGACUUGGAGAUGUCGUGGUCAGCACGCCCACCAGUACCUUCGCAGGUGUUGUGAAGUGGGACUUCGGCAAGCAUCAUGAUAAUAAGGAUGAUUUUGAACGCACCGGGGCACUUGAUCAUCCCCCCCAGUCGCUCCUCACAGCUUUGACACUCUUGGAAGCACAGCAGAAUCUAGAAGGGACUAGAAUUCCGAGUUAUCUGGAAGAAGUGAAAAAGAAGUGGCCAAUGCUCGCUUCGAAGUUCUUGAGAAACGAUUCACUCAAAGAUGUGUUGUUCAAGGCGGGUUACAACCAUGUUAAAAAGGCGACCUUGGGUGGAGAAGCAGGAGGACAUGAAAGUGACGAUGAAGACGAAGACGAGGAGCAUGAGAGCUGCCACUUAUGUGACAAGUCGAUGACGGUAAAGAGACCUCCUAGGGACAUGGCCGUUCACUAUGGGCUUAUUGCAUCAGGUGACGGGCUUAUCAAGGGUGCCACUGCCCGAAAUAAGCUUAAUAAGGACCUAGGAGGACAUGUCCUCUGUAUCGAAAUGGAGGCAGCAGGGGUCAUGAAUCACUUCCCUUGCCUUGUUAUUCGAGGUAUCUGCGAUUAUGCAGAUUCUCAUAAGAACAAGGACUGGCAAGAGCAUGCAGCUAUUGUGGCGGCCGCGUUCGCAAAGGAACUUCUGCAACAUGUCCAGGCAGACGAUAUACAGAGGGAACGUCCAAUAAAGGACGUAAUUCAAGAUGUUCAUUCAGUCGUAUCCGAAACACGAGAAGAUGUCAGGCAGAUCAAAUCUAUGCACAUAGACAGCCAUAAAGCCCAAAUCCUUAAAUGGCUCACGAUAUCUGACUACGCUUCAGAGCAGUCAAAGUUCAAAAACCAAAGGCAAUCUGGAACUGCCAAUUGGUUUUUUGAGGCGGAAGAAUUUCGCACCUGGAUAGCCACAUGCGGGCAAACGUUGUUUUGUCCAGGUAUUCCAGGUGCAGGGAAAACAAUUCUGGCAUCAACUGUGAUUGACCACAUUGAAUCAACCUCCAAAGAUGAUCUCAGCAUUGGCCUGGCGUAUAUCUAUUGCAAUUUCCAACGAUAUGACCUCCAAAACCCAGAUGAGCUAUUGUCAAUUCUCCUGAAACAGCUUCUCGCAAAGUUGCCUUCGUUACCAGUCGAUAUUAACAGUUUUUAUACUUCCCAUAUGGAGAGGGCAAAGCGCCCAGAAAGGCAAGACAUCUUCAAUGCGCUACAAAAUGUUGUUGCACAGCAUUCCAAGGUGUAUAUCAUUGUCGAUGCCUUGGACGAAUACGGGCCAAGCGGAAGAUCACGCGAAAGCUUCCUCAGUCUUCUACGCGAGCUCCAGCGGAGACAUAAGAUUAACGUAUUAAUGACAUCGCGGUUCGAUAUGACAAUCAUCGCAGAGAUUGACAAUAUCUUUGGAAAUGUGAUAAAAUUAGAGAUUCUGGGAUCCAUGGAAGAUAUAGCACGAAGCUUAAAGGACGACAUCAUAAAGAAAAUCUCCGAGUCUGCAAAGGGAAUGUUUCUGUUGGCACAGAUAUACUUAAAGCUCCUAAGUUACAAGACGUCAGAGACCGAGAUGCGACGUCAGUUAACAGCCUUCCAGAAGCAUGGAUAUGAAGACGGAAUAGCCGACGCAUUGACUCAAGCAUACAAAGAGACAAUGGACAGAAUCAACCAACAACAGCCAGAUCACAUUAUACUUGCCAAAAAGGUGCUCUUUUGGAUCGCACGCGCCAAGAGAGAACUGACUAUCCAAGAACUCCAACAUGCUCUCGCAAUGAGCUCAGUGCAGUGUGAACCUUGCGAAGCAGAUUUGCCAUUCGACGAGACAUUGGUUACAGUGUGUGCCGGGCUUGUUGCUGUCGAUGAAGCCAAGAAAACUAUCCAGCUAGUUCACUACACUGUGCAAGAAUACAUCAACCAAAGACCUUGCCAGUUGCUUCCAGUUACGGAACUAGAUAUUGCGCGAGCCUGUAUCGCGUAUCUCUCAUUCAGCUCGUUUAAAGGAGGCUACUACGAUAGUUGGGAUGACAUGGAAGAUCGACUGAAGCCGUACCCAUUUUACCAUUACGCAGCUAAGAAUUGGGGGCAUCAUGCUCGUGAUUCAUCGAUCUCUGUCGACGAAAUUAUAGAGCAUUUCAUUCCUGGGACACAGCUCAUGAAAUCGGUCUGCGUACUCCUGGUCAGAGAAUCAUCAAUAUCAUACAUGAAGUAUUGUCCAAACCCACCGAGGUCAACGUCGAGACUUCAUAUCGCGGCAUAUUUUGGACUUGAGAACAUCGUUCAGAAGCUUCUUUUAACAUGCUCUCAAGCAGAUCUGACCGACGAUUACAACAGAACUCCACUAUCAUAUGCAGCUGAGCAGGGAUAUGAAACUGUCAUUGAAGUAUUGAUCAACAAUGGAGCUGAUAAAGAUUCACGGGGUACUGACAAAUUCCAACAUGAAGGAAGGACACCCUUAUCCUUUGCUGCAGAGAAAGGUCACGAGGCUGCCGUUCUGACAUUGAUCAACCGGGAGGCAUGCCUACACCUCGCGUGUGGUACCGUAUUCGAGGGGGGAUGGACGCCACUUUCAUACGCUACUCGAUGUGGGCAUAAGGCUGUAGUGAAGCUGUUGUUAGAAUCGGGUGCUGAGUUGGAAUUCGACAACUCAGGGCGGACAGCCCUAUCACAUGCAGCGGAAAAGGGACACGAGGAUAUUGCAAGCCUCUUCCUGCAACGCGGAGCUGACCCUGAUCUUCGUAUGACUCGGUCUGAACAUUUUGGACGAACAGCGCUUUCAUUUGCUGCUCAAAAUGGGCACCAAGACAUUGUACAGUUGUUACUUAAUGCGAGCACAAAUGACUUUUUCUCUGCCGAUCGAAGGGGGAUCAGCCCCCUGUCAUAUGCUUCAAUACGAGGCCAUGAGUCUAUUGUCGGUCUGUUACUCGACCAAGGGGCCAAUCCAAAUCCUCAACCACAGCCUAUGGGCAAGUAUCGGAGCUCACAGUCUCCGGAUACACCUUUAUCAUUUGCUGCUUCAAACGGCCACGACGCCAUUGUCCACCUACUAUUAAAAAGGGGUGCCAAUGUCGAUUCUGGUAGAGAAAGAACGCCGUUGUCAUUUGCAGCUGGAAAUGGACACCCAUCUGUUGUUGAGCUUCUGCUACAGCAGGAUGCAAUAGUGGACUCGAGGGCAGAGGGUGGUAAUAGAAAACGUAGUGGGAGGACACCACUUUCAUAUGCGGCAAGUAAUGGGCACCUUGAUGUCGUCCGAAUGCUACUUUAUAAAUGGAAAGCCAAUAUCGAUGCUGCAGAUGAUAAUGGCCGCACACCUCUUUCAUAUGCGGUAAGUAAUGGGCACCUUGAUGUUCUCCGAAUGCUACUCUAUGAAUGGAAUGCCGGUUCCGAUGCUGCAGACGAUGUUGGCCGUACACCUCUUUCAUAUGCUGCACAAGAUGGGUACGCUGGCAUUGUGCAGGAGUUGGUCAAAACAGGAGCCAAUCUGGAGGCUAGGAGCACCAGCACUUACUGGGACCCAGGGCAAACCCCGCUGCAUUUUGCGGUAAGAUCUGGAGAUUGUGAGACUGUUCGGGUAUUGGUUGAGAGCGGAGCCGAUGUUAACUCUGAGGACGAUGAAGGACGAACACCAUUCUUUUGGGCAAUGCGUUCUGGUAGCACUAGAUUGAUUAGAACACUGCAGGGAAAUAACGCUGCGAAAAGAGCACCCGAUUUUAAACAUUAG